AUGUCUCACCUUAUCACGCUUGCUACCUGCAAUUUAAAUCAAUGGGCUUUGGACUUUGAGGGAAAUCGCGACCGAAUUCUGGAAUCUAUCAGAAUUUCCAAAGAGAAGGGAGCUAAGCUUCGUGUGGGCCCUGAGCUUGAAAUUACAGGUUACGGAUGUUUAGAUCAUUUUUUAGAAAACGAUCUUUAUCUGCACUCAUGGGAAAUGUACGGACAAAUUAUUAAAAACCCAGAGACGCAUGGAAUUUUGCUAGACAUCGGAAUGCCAGUUUUGCAUAGAAAUGUCAGAUACAAUUGUCGGUUACUCUCGCUUGAUGGCGAGAUUCUGUUCGUACGUCCCAAAAUUUGGCUUGCCAACGAUGGUAAUUAUCGUGAGAUGCGGUUUUUCACUCCCUGGAUGAAACCUGCAGUGGUGGAAGAUUUCACGCUUCCUCCAAUUAUUCAGAAAGUGACGGGACAAACAAUUGUUCCCUUUGGAGACGCCGUAAUCAGCACUUUGGACACUUGUAUCGGUGCAGAGACAUGUGAAGAGCUCUUUACGCCUCAAUCUCCCCAUAUUGCAAUGUCAUUAGAUGGUGUCGAAAUAUUCACUAAUUCGUCUGGGUCUCACCAUGAAUUGCGAAAAUUGAACAAACGCCUAGAUUUGAUUUUGAGCGCGACUCGUAGAUGCGGUGGCGUAUAUCUGUACGCUAAUCAACGCGGCUGCGAUGGAGAUCGGUUGUAUUACGACGGAUGCGCGCUCAUUUCCAUUAACGGAAGAGUCGUCGCACAAGGAUCACAGUUCUCUUUGAAAGAUGUGGAAGUUGUUACUGCGACAGUCGACCUUGAAGAAGUGAGAAGUUACAGGGCCUCUGUCAUGUCAAGAGGUUCUCAAGCUUCUCUUUCACCUGUCAAGUACAAGCGUGUAAAAGUGGCGCGCGAACUGGCUUCUCAGAGCGAUCGGUUCGAUCCCUACGUUGCCCCCUCAUCUGAUCGUGACGCAUUCUAUCACAAGCCAGAAGAAGAAAUAGCGUUGGGUCCCGCCUGUUGGCUCUGGGAUUAUAUUAGACGCUGCAAUGGUACUGGAUAUUUUUUGCCCCUGUCAGGUGGUAUUGAUUCGUGUGCAACAGCCGUCAUUGUUCAUUCAAUGUGUCGGAUGGUCGUGAAAGAGUCCAAGGAGGGAAAUGUCCAGGUCUUGAAUGACGUUCGGAAAAUUUGUCGUAUGGAUGAAAACUGGGAGCCCAAGGAUGCCCAAGAGAUUGCCGGCAAGAUAUUCCACACUUGUUUCAUGGGUACGGAAAACUCUUCCAAGGACACUAGACAGAGAAGUCGUGAACUUUCCAAAGUGAUUGGGUCUUAUCAUGUCGAUCUCAAUAUGGAUUCUGUUGUGUCAAGCGUAACGAGUCUAUUCGAAGUUGCAACGGGCAAAAAACCCAUUUACAAGAUUUUUGGCGGUUCGCAAAUUGAGAAUUUGGCCUUGCAGAACAUUCAAGCACGCUUGAGAAUGGUGCUUGCCUAUUUGUUUGCGCAGCUCUUGCCAUGGGUUCGUGGUAUCAAGAACUCUGGCGGGUUGCUUGUGUUGGGAAGUGCCAACGUGGACGAAUGCUUGAGAGGCUAUUUGACCAAAUACGAUUGCUCAUCUGCGGAUAUUAAUCCCAUUGGAGGAAUUUCCAAAACAGAUUUAAAGAGAUUUAUCGAUUAUGCAUCCAGAGAGUUUGAUCUCCCAAUCUUGAAGGAAUUUUUGACUGCCACUCCUACCGCUGAGCUCGAGCCCAUCACUAACGACUACGUUCAAUCGGAUGAAAUAGACAUGGGUAUGACAUACGAAGAGUUGAGUAUCUUUGGCUACUUGAGAAAAGUGGAGAAAUGUGGUCCGUAUUCGAUGUUUUUGAAAUUGUUACAUCAAUGGUCUCCUAAGCUGACGCCUGCACAGAUUGCCGAAAAGGUGAAAAGGUUCUUCUUUUUCUACGCGAUCAAUAGGCACAAGCAAACGGUCAUUACUCCCAGCUAUCAUGCAGAACAAUACUCGCCCGAUGACAACAGAUUUGAUUUGAGACCCUUCUUGAUAAACCCCAGAUUCCCGUGGGCUGCGCAUAAGAUCGACCAAGUCGUUAAACAGUGCGAGAGUGAGGGCAAGUGCGACUUGGACGUGAUGACAGUUGACUGA